UACUCUUGGUCAUCAGCAGCUGCCUCUCAGCCCACAGCUCUGUUUCUGUCCCACUCAUGAGAACACAAAGGUGCUCUCAGACUUGCUGCUGAAAACAAGUUUCUUGUUGGGGAGAAGAGUUUAAAUAUUCAGAUGGGUUUUGGGGAGGACCUGUGGUGCCCCCAGGCACACACAGCUGUCAUGCGGCUGCUGGACUCAGAGCUUCACCUGAUGGAGGUGAUGAAGAAGUGGAUGGGUCAGCGUGCGAAGAGUGACCGGGAGUUUUCGGUGCAGCUGCAUCACAUGGCUGCCAUAGUGGAGAAACUGGACCGGCCUCAGCUCGGCGCAGGACUGGACUACAUCAGCCAGCUCAACAAGUCGUGGGGAGUUCUGGUCUCUCAGACCGACUUUCUCAGUCAGGUGAUGAAGAAGUGUUCUGAGGAUCUGCUGAGCGGCCCGAUCAGCAAGCUGACGCUGCUCAUCAGAGACAAACAGCAGCUCCGCAAAACCUACUCAGAGCAGUGGAACCUGCUGAAGCAGGAGCUCAGCAAGGUGACCCAGACAGAGCUGGAGAGGCUGAAGAGCAGCUACAGACAGGCUGUGAGAGACGCGUCUCAGGCUAAGAGGAAGUACCAGGAGGCAAAUAAAGAUAAAGGGCGCGUCAAGGUCAAAGAGCGUUACAUCAAGGCUUCGAUCAAACUCUACGAGCUGCAUAACGAGUAUGUUCUGUCUGUGCGAGCGGCUCAAGUCUACCACGAGCAGCACUACAGUCACAUCCAGCCUGCCCUGCUCAGUGCUCUGCAGACUCUGCAGCAAGAGAUGGUCCUCAUACUUAAGGAGGUCCUGCAGGAGUAUUUCGACAUCUCCACUCUCCUCCAUCACGAGGUGGUGCGGAUCCACAGGGAGAUAUCGUCUGCUGUGACGGCCAUCGAUCCUCAAAGCGAGUAUGAGAGCUUCAUCCACCAGAACAGGUCUGUCGGGGAGAUUCCUGCUUGUGCAGAGUUUGAUUGCAGCCUUCUGGAGGACACCGAGCGACUGAAUCCCAGAGAGAUUGAACUAAACGACCUCACACUUGAGACAAUACAGCACAAACUGACUGCGGUGGAGGAGGAGCUGCUGGAUCUGGCUCGAACUCUGGGCUCCCAGCAGACCUCGGUGGAGCAGCUGGAGCUGGAGCUGGAGGCAGAGCAGGAAGGUGUGAAGAAGGGCCAGAGGGUCUACCAGUUCAGUAAGAGACAUGCGAUGGAGGAGUGCCGGCAGCAGGUUGCCCUGUCUCUGGGCUUGAGAGCCAAGCUGGAGGUGCAGCGGCUUCUUCUGAAGGAGAAACUGGACAAGCUGGGCUCCAGAGAGCCUCCGUCAGCCCUGAAGCUGGAACAAGACAGCGUCUCACUUUCAUCCAACACAAGCAUUGACCACGGUCAGCCCUCUCCCAAACUCCUCAUGGAUGGAAUCAAAAAUCUGACCAGCCUAUUUAAACCCAGAUGUGAGGUGCUUCCGGUCCUCACCCCUGUGCAGGAUCCGGAUCGUCCUCUGGGGCAGCAGGACUGGUACCACGGAGCCAUUCCCAGACUCGAGGUCCAGCAGCUGCUGAAGAAUGAUGGAGACUUCUUGAAUAUGUAUCGUCUGGAUGGAGAGAGCUUCCACAGCAUCCCUCAGCUGAUCCAUCAUCUACUAUCAACAAGACAACACAUCACCAAGAGGUCUGACAUAGUGCUGAAGAAGCCAGUGCUGAAGGACAAGUGGGUCCUUGAACAUGACGAUAUAAUCUUGGGACACCUCAUUGGACGGGGUAACUUUGGAGAAGUGUACAGUGGCCAUCUACGCUCUGAUAACACUCCUGUGGCGGUGAAAUCCUGUAAAGAGAACUUGGCCCCAGAGCACAAGAGUAAAUUCUUGAUGGAAGCUAGGAUCUUGAAGCAGUACGACCAUCCAAACGUUGUGAGGCUGAUCGGCGUGUGCACUCAGAAACAGCCCAUCUACAUCAUCAUGGAGCUUAUUCCAGGUGGUGAUUUUCUAACCUACUUGCGGAAUGAAAGUCACAGUCUGACGCCUAAGAUGUUGGUCAAAAUGACAGAAAAUGUAGCGUCUGGCAUGGAGUACCUGGAGAGUAAGAAGUGUAUCCACAGGGACCUGGCUGCGAGAAACUGUCUGGUUGCAGAGCAUAACGUGGUGAAGAUCAGUGACUUCGGGAUGUCCCGUCAGCAAGAUGAUGGCGUGUACUCUACAGAGGGAGGACUCAGACAGAUCCCUGUCAAGUGGACAGCUCCUGAAGCCCUGAACUAUGGUCGCUAUACCACACAGAGUGAUGUGUGGAGCUUUGGCGUUUUACUGUGGGAGACCUUCUCCAUGGGAAUGACGCCGUACACAAGCAUGACAAACCAACAGACACGAGAUGAGGUGGAGAAAGGAUACCGUAUGCCUGCUCCACACUGCUGCCCAGUGGAAAUCUCCAGGAUUAUGAGCAACUGCUGGCAGUACGAACCCCAAAACAGACCUUCUUUCAAGAAACUCCGGGCUGAGCUCAGUGCCAUAUACAAUAAAACUGUAUAAUCCAAGUUUGUGGAUUGGACAUGAACUGUAGACUAAAUGUUUUUUUUUCUGUACUUUUGAGUGUAAUUUUUCAUUGUUUUUUUUUUCCUGAAACAGAUCUCCAGGAGACAGACAAAUUGAAAACCAAAUGAAGAAAAUAGGAUGUCUCUUGUUUUCGAGACAAACUCGGAAAGGGAACGAGUUUUGCGGACUUGUCAGGGGACCACAGGAUGGCAGUAUUCUUGUUUGUUCUCUUCCUGCCCUGUUUGUCUGCUUUUCAGUGCUCUCCCUUCUAAAAUGAGAUGGUUAUCUUCAACACAUCUGUCUCCUGUGAGAUGGAAUUUUUCUAUGACACUGUAAACACAACAUUCUGUACUGUGUGCUAUUACCAUAAGUGUUGCAAUGUAUCACCCGUGUCUGUGUUGAGAUGUGUUAAACUGAUACAUCCUCCAUAAGAGUGCAGAGGCAGCACACACAUGCCAGCAAAGUCUUGUGGGGUGUUUGUGUUUCUUUUAUUUCCUGUUUUUUAGGAUCCUACAGCAGUAUUGCUAUUUUUGAUCAAAGACAGGCCUAUUGGCCUUUUGGCCCUGUCUUUUGCACAGGAUGUGUGUAAAGCAGGUAUAAUGUACAUUUGGUGAUUGAACUAUAUUAUUUAUAAUGAUUUAUGAUGAGGACUCUUCACUUCCCUUCAGCUCUUUAGAGUUACAGAAUGUUUUAGCUCAUUGUUGUGGUUUUAUGGCUUGCAGGGGUGGAAGAAACUAAUUACAGCUACCCAGAUAGCAGUGUUUAAGUCAUUUUUUGGGUACUUGUACUCUCACUAGCAUUUUCUGUCCGUCUUUUUACUUGUGCUUAAAGGGAACUCCACCAAUGUUACACAUGAAAGUGUGUUCACAGGUUGUGGGGAGUACUGCUGCACUGUACUGGGUGAAAAAAGUAGUAUAAAGUAUUUGGCUCCAGAGGAAGCGGCAUGUACUCUGAGCAUUUGCCUCCCUGUGAGGUCACUCAGUCAAGUUGAAUCAUGGGUGAUGUAGGCACUAGGUUUUCAAAAGUAGUCAACUGGUCUUCAUCGCACUUUAAUAAGAGUCUGUGUCCACAUAACGUUAUUUUGGGUGCUUGUUAGUUUUGAUUGACUGACUAGUUAAUUGAUCAGUGUUCCAUGGUAACAGAGGGCUGACCACACAGCUAUUAGCAAGAUCACAAUGCAACACUUACAGUACAGAACGAGCCUCUCCUCCAUUUUCUUGGUUACCAGGGUGAUGGGUGAUGAGUCAAGGCCGAUCUAAUAUAUGAUUAGUUACCUGUAAGAGAGCAACGGUUGUGCCACCACCGCCUUACCGCACCAGUUAAUAUCUAUACCUUUCAUCUGCAUCUCUGUUGCCAAUAAGGCUAUCGAUCACGAACAGCUGGAUGAAGCUGACAUACAGACGAAUUAACACAAGAAUCGGGAGCAGGAUCAGGAUUGUAGAGGAGAAUAGUGAGCGGGAGCUGGGAGUCAACUCAGACUAAAGAUUUAGAGAAACAUAAAAAAUACAUCAAACAUCAGCGGUUAAACUAAUACUUUGAGUAGCAUUAGAGAAGAAUACUUUGUGCUUUAAGUAUGAUUAAGUAUUAUUUUAACGCCAGUAGUUUAACUUGCAAUUGAGUAAUAUUUCAGUAAUGUAACUGUACUCAUACUUGAGUACAGAUUUUCACUCUUUUUUCCACCGCUGAUGACAUAAUCAAUCCCAUAAUCCAACAGUCCAACAAUAUCUAAAUCAGUAUCUCUUGUAAAGCAGUCAUUACUGCUGAACCCACAUUUUAGAUCACCAGACACAGGAUCCACAUCAAAUUGUACUCAGUCAUAGAUACUCGCCACAGGAAUUAACAGAAAUUAUGAAAAGUGCCCAUAUCUUGCAAUUUUGAAGGAAGAGAGAAAAAAAUCCUAGAUCUGCACCAAAACCUAAUGGGGCUCCAAUCAUUUGAACCACCCAACCUGUAACAUGUAAGUUAUUUCAGUUGAGUACAUUAAAGUUGAACAUUUUGAUAAAGACUGGGGAUUUUCUGAAAUGACACAAAGAUCUAUGUGUGUUUCUGUGAUUUAAAUGACACAUGCGGUAUAUUCUUUGACAGAUGAUUAUAGAUUAUAGUUAUUAUACUUCAUCUUGUGCCUCAAUUCUCCAGCAGUGGAGGCUGUGUGUGUGUGUUCACAGAGUCUUAAACAGUGUUCUUGUUUUGAUUUGUACAACAUAUUUCUCACACAAUAGACCGUUCACAGCACACACACAGGCUGGUGGAGCCAGCUUGUGUAAAUUAUAGUGACGUGGCAAACAUGGUGAUGAUAUUUUUAUGUGACCUACAUACCUGUAAUUACUUCGUCCCUGAACUAAAAACAAUUUGCUUUAAACAUACAUUUUUUCAUCUAGGAGCUGCAUAACUCUGGGGAAGUCAGAAGCGGAGACAUCUGUGGAGAGUAAUGUUGACCGCUGCUGUAUCACUAAUAAUGUUUGCAUGUAAUCAUCCUGACUGUGCGCAAACAAACAAGUAAAAUGCUAAAGGUUGAAUAGCUUUUAGGGAAUGGGAAUCACGGAUGAUUUAUUUUCUGUCAGUUGUUCAAGUGAUGAAGUUGAUCAAGUGUGCAAAAAAGACAAAUGCCCUCAUAAUGCAAGGUCUCAGCUGCAUCAAAGGACAUUACAUACAUUACAUUCAAAAGUGUUAACUGUAGCAUUAAGGUUAGCUAAUGUUAGGUUAACUGAAAGCAAAUGAAACUCAGAUUAACAUGCAUUCAUUAAUUCAUCUAGCAUAAUGCAACACACAUUAUUAGCAUACCUUUAAGUCUUACAUCUGACAGCCUAUUGUUACAAGUCAACAAGGAUGCUAAACAGCAGCGAGCAAUUCGAGUCACCCCGGAUGUUUUUUUUUUUACAGACAACUGGAGACACUUCCUGCUGUUCCUGUGAUGAUCAAAAGCUGCUAGUUCUCACUGGAAGAUGGACAAUCUCCAACCGUGACUGUGAUCACAAAGCUUAUUCAAGUCAAACCAUGAAUUUGUCCCACCAAGUGGUAGAAAAGUCACCCUAAACAAACAUAAAGUUACAACAUUAAGAAACAUUUGGCUCGAACCUGUCUGGGUUUUUGCAGGAACACACUUCGCCAAAAUGGACUGUAUCCUGGCGAUCGGGUUGCAUUUGCAACAUUUUGUGUUUUAAAUCUUUGUCAGUGUGUUGUGUCAUGUGUUGGCUCAGUAGCUCUUUUUGACACAUAACCAGCCAGUGGAUGGCUGAUGUUACCCUUGCAGGUUAGCUAGCGUUACAGUUGUGCCGAGAUCCUGACAAACUUUCUUUCUGUGUGGCCUCUAACAGCUGAAGGUGCUCUGAUACGACUCCAGGGCGGCAUGCAGCGGGUUGAGAGGCAUUGUCUAUUAUACUGUCUUUGACAAAAUACUGGCAGCUCUGACCUUCCUUGUACAAAGCAUCAGUGUAUCUAGUCCAGUCCAAUUUAUUGUCAAUGUGAACGCCUAGAUGCCUGCACUCUCCCACAAUGUCCGGUUCCCUUGAUGCUGACUGGGUCCAGAUGGGUCCUUUGCUUCAGAAAGUCCAGCACCAACUCCUUAGUCUCCACUUCUGGGGGUGGCAGGACUGUGAGCAGUAUCUGAAGUUUGAGGUGUGGCGUGUGAACAGGAAGGGUGAUAGGUCUGUUUCCUGAGCUGUACCCGUUCUUGCUUAGCAGCUCAUUAGGUGUUAAAUGCACUGGAAAAGUUAAAAACAAAAAACAAACAAAACAAAACAAAAAAACAUGACUCUCACAGUGCUGCCUGCCUCUUCCAGCUCUGUGCAGCAGGAAGACGAUGGUGUCCUCCACUCCAUAUUGGAAGGGUUCAGCUGUUGUAAUAGUUCAGCUGAAUACAGGCUGCCAUAUUUUACAGGUGUGAGCCAGAGUAUGCUCAGUAGCGAUCAGGCAGCAGAGACAAGGUAGUGAGCUCUCAUUCAUACACCCACCAGAAUUAGUGGGCUCAGCUGUCAACAUGACUUCUCAUAAUAUCAAAACAUCAUAAAAAUAUCAUAAAGGUGAAUCCUGAACAUUAAAUCAGUGUGAUAAGCGCUACCUCAUCUUUGGUUAUGAUUUUACAUCUCCUUCAGUUCUGUAUGUCCCAUCUGCUAUUGGAAGGACGCAGGGUUUAUGACAGUGUACAGAUCAUGGUGGCGAUGGAGUUGUUUUCACUUUAGGUUCCAGGAGGCUGUCAUGUUGCCAACUCACAUUCAGCGACCAGGAUUUCUGUCCCACUCUGUCCCACUGAAUGUUGAGUGGAAAGUUUUGUUUUUUGGUGAUCUACAGAGCAAUAGAGGGUAUUUACCUGUUUGCCUAUUGUUAAGAUAUUUCAAUCUGGACAAAGAUCUUUGCUUUGUCUUAACAGUUGUGUGGAAGCACAAUGUUUUUACAUAGAUCAGUCUGGUACAGCGUGGUCGUAGUCUGAGGUGCACAGUGGAUACAGACUUGUUGAGCUUUUCACCUGGCGGAUGGACAUUGGUCAGAAAUACUAUUACAACAAAAUGAAUGUUGGACAGGAAUACGGCUGGACUAAAGAUAACACAUGAAAUGCUUUAAAGUCUUAUUUGGUUAUUCAACAAAAACAUUGUUUCCUCUUAUUUUUCCAGGCUGCGACAAAAAAAGAAAAAUAAAAGCAUCAAAUCGUCUGCACCUCACCUGUGCUAUUGUUGAGACAAGGCGUGUGACAUUGCUCAGUGACACUGACAUGGCUAAUCAUGACAGCAGAGUGGGUGUGUAAUGUCAUGGAGAGGUUACAUUGAAUUGAUACACAUCUCUGUGCAUACCCUGCUGCAGACUUUGUUUCCUGACUCUCACUCUCCUUUGCUUGGCGCUAUAGUGUACCCUCAGGAUUUAUAGUAAUUGUUCUUGAAAUGAUGUGUGUUUUCUCUCCCUUGAGCCUUAUUUAAAAUGGAUUAGGAUAAUCCUUUUCAUAUGUCAGUGAAACCGCAUUGUUACCUGCCGCAGGAUUAAAUGCUUGCAACAAUUUGAAGAAUGCAAAAGAGUUACUGAGCUUUAAAACAGUGUUGCUCAAUUUCUGUUUAAAGUUUACUCAUGUUGUACAUGCUAAGUAUGGACUCAGCUUCUUUUUCGAAGAUGAGAAAGACCUGAAGCUUAGAAGGUGUGGUGCCUGUCGAUUGUUUGCUGAGGAUUGAUGGUCAUGCGUGAUUCAUUUUUUGUAGCUUCUUGAUGGUUCAUCUGUAUUGUAAUUGAAACCACCUCACCGGUUGAGCACGUUUUGUAGCUUUGUCACCUGAGCGUCCCAUGAUGUCAAGGCUGCUUGUCUCCGUGGUUACAAAACAUCUGACACAUUGCAUGAACAGCAAAUAGUUCUCCUCACGUAAAAAAAAAACCCAUUGGUUUGACAGCUUGACUAAUUUACCAAGGGCUGCACGGUGUUGCCACCUCUCUUUGUAAUUUUCUGUUUUUAAAAAUAAACUUACUCACCUAUUGGCCUUUCCAUAGAACAUGGGUUGAAUUUCAACCACAUAUGUCGUACAUUUACAUUUACAUUUACAUUUACAUUUACAUUUGGAGCAUUUAGCGGGAGCUUUUGUCCAAAGCGAGUUACAAUAAGUACACAAGAGAGAAACCACGACAUAUCACCAUCGAUCGAGUAAAAAGAAAUAUAGAAACAAUUGUCAAGUCCUCAUCUGAGGAUCGUAACUGCUAUUUAUCAAAGAUACUUAAAGUGCAUAGGUGCGCAACUGCAAUGGUUGCAAUGAUUGAGGUGCUAACAAUACAAACAAUCAUACAAAUACGCUUUUUUUGGCAGGGGAGCGGGUCAUCUGACAUACCACAAGUUUAUGACCCCGUUGAGCUUGAGUCACAUGAACUCACAGAACCUCCUCAAUCUACAAGGAUUCAAGACUCAACAUUCAAAAAAACUUAAUUGUCCAGUAAGGCAGACAGUGAUAGAAAAAUGUGUCUUUCGCUGUUGCAUGAUUCAUAAAAUAAACAGCACAACAAGUUUCCUUGAGGGAAGUCUGGCAUUUCUGCUGCCUUCUCAAAAACUUUGCAACCCACAGCCAAACGAUUUAGAUGGAUACAUUGCACUACAGGUAAAAUGUAUAUAUUUUUUAUUUAGGGGUGAACUGUCCCUAAUUCGUCUGCUGUCCAACCGCUCAGCCACACUUUACUUAACAACAAGUCUCCCUCUGCCCCUCAUCCUGCCCAGAGUUUUUGGC